AUGGCAUUCAAAGGAACAUGGCAUCGUGGAGAUGGUAGUGGUGGUGGGGGUGCUUCGGGUGAUCGUCGCUAUAAUUCAUCAACCGAUUCAUUCUCAUCAUUUGUUUUAAAUCCACAAGGAGUGCCUGGAAAUCAAAUGGGUUUAGCACCAAUGAAUUAUCAAACAAAUCCUAGCGCAAUGUAUUCGGUAAUGAAUACAGGUUCAUCAAUAAUGGGAUCAACUAACUAUUCAUCCGCAACAAAAAGUUUACCAUACACUGGUACUGUAUCAAAUCUAUAUCGAGAUUUUGGUGUUAUUGAUAAUGAAAUUUCGUUCAAAUUAAAUACGGUAACGGGUCCAUUACUACGUAUUGGUGAUCGUGUAGUUUGUCAAAUGAAACCAGCUGAAGGUUUUGGUACUCAAACACCAUAUAAAUACUAUGGAUUUGAUGUACGAUCAGUUCAAGCACCCAACGAUACACGACGUCCUGCACGACCAACUGGAGGACCACAACAAAUACCACGUAAUAACGACUCAUAUAUGAAUCGUAAUCAAAAUCGAAAUCAACCCCCAACUGUCAAACGAUCAAUACCAACAAAUAACAAUAAUAAUAAUGAUCAUCAUCCCUACAAUAAUAAUGCAAAUACAAAUAAUAAUAAUAAUAAUAAUAAUAAUCGUGAUCGACAUGGACCAAUUAAUAGUAGUUCAAUAAAUGAUCGACGUCGUCCAAGUCCAGCCAGACGUAGUCAUUCACGUACAACCAAAAUGGUAACACCAAAACGUACUUCACGUGCACCACCACCAAAAUAUACUUGUACAUUACCUAAAGCAUCACUUGAUAGUGCGGAAUUGAAUGUUACUCAAAUACGUUCACGUUAUACACGUUUACACAUUCCAUCGGAUUUCUAUCAUGCAUCUUAUGCAUGGCAUCAAUCGAUACCACUUGAUCAUCCAUUAAAAUUUAUAACUCCGUGUUCAUUUCACAUAUUUAAUAAAAAUGUUCCACGUUUAUUUGAUGACAAUGUAUCAAUUAUCGAUCCACCUGAUGCAGAUUAUACAUGGAACGUUCGAAUAAUGCUAAUGUCAACACCAGACAUUCAAACAUUAAUAUCUCGUUCGUGUUUAAUUAAUAAUGAAAAUGGAAAAAGUGCAACGAUCAAUCCAGAUGAUUUAGAGCAUCCAACAAAAUUAAUAAAAUUUCUUGUUGGUGUUCGCCAUCAAAAUGAAUAUUUUCCCAUAGGUGGUCCAUGGUCAAAAUCGCUUGAUGGAGCAAAUCCUGAAAGUGAUCCUCAAGUCCUAAGACGUACAGCUAUUCGUUGUGUUCAAGCACAAACCGGCAUGGAUUUAAGCAAAUGCAUUCAAUGGUGCCGUUACCUGGAGGUGCGCUAUCAUCGUCCGGAAGAAAUACACAAGGGCCGUCUGAUUGAGAGUCGUGUCGAAAAUAUCAUCGUUUUCCUGCCGGAUAUUGCUGCUGCCUGCAUGCCAUCAAGCCUCGAAUGGGAAGAAACAAUAUCAAAGUACAAACAAGCAUGUGAUGAAGAAAUUGCUGAAGAACUCAAUGAAGACAAUAUAUCCGAUCAUGAAAUUGAAACACGCAGUGCAUCACAUCAUUCAACUAUUGAUAUUGAAAAGUUUCGUGUUAUUGAUCUUAAAGCUGAAUUGAAAGCACGUGGACAACAUGUUACUGGUUUAAAAAGUGACUUGAAGAAACGUUUAACAAAAAUUAUUCAACAAGAAAAAACUGAUGAAGAAAAGCCGGAAGCCUCCGCUAAUAAUACUGAUGAACAGCAGCCAUCAACAGCUGUGAUUGAAACAAAAACUGAAAUCAAAGAACAUUCACAAACUGAUAUUGAUAAAUUACGUAAAGAAAUUCAAGCAAAAUAUCAACUUCCAUUAUAUCGUUCAAUACUCGUUCAUCCGACGAUUGCCAAAGGAGACAAAUUUGAUUGUCGUAUAGUAUCUCUUCAUUACUUACUCAAUUAUGCAAAUAAAGAUACGAUUAAAGAAAAAUGUUUUGAAUUGUAUCUGUUCUCUGAAGCUUUUAAUGAGAUGCUUAUGCGUGACUAUUCGUAUCAUAUUUAUCGAUCAUUAUACAGUUGUUUAGAAGUAAAAGAUACAACUGUUGAACCGGAAACUGCUGAUCUUGAACAGAAAAAUGAUCAACAAGAACAAAAUGAAGCGAAAACUGAAGAACCAAUCGAAUCUAUGAUCACAAGUAAUGAUGGUGAUGUUGUUGUUCUUCCUGGCCUUGAUUUGAAUACAGAAGAAAAUGAUAAAAAACGAAAACGAACAACAAGCGAAGAGGAUUUAUUACAACGAAAAAAAUCAACACAAGAAGAAAGCAGUGAAAAAAGUCCUGCUGAUGAUGAUCAGAAAUCAGCAUUAACUAUUGCACACACUCGUCAACGUACAAUUCAACCAGAAUUAUUACUUGCAUUUACAUUUUUUGAUCGUAAUCGUUGCGGUUAUCUAACGGAAAAGGAUCUGGAAGAACUUCUUUUAUCAUCAGGUUUAUCAUUAACAAAAAAUGAAACUAAAAUAUUAGUUAGCCGUAUAGCUCAUAAUGAAAAAGUUCAAUAUCAUCAAUUAACCGACAAAGCAUUACCCAUUGAUGAUCAUGAAAACGGCAAUUUUAUUGAAACAAAUGAAACGGAUAUUGAUCCACUUGCACCAAAAGGUAAUUUACUGCUAUUACCGCAACAUGUAUCUGUGUUUGGCCUGCAUUCAUCAACAACAACUAAUGGAAGUCAACCAGUAGUGUCAAUCGAUAAUCAACGAGCAAUGAAACAAUUGGAAUUGUCGACUAAAAUUCAAACAGGAUUGGAAUUGAAAAUUGAUACAUUGAAAAAAGAAAUUCAUAAAUUAACUGAUGAAUUGCACGCAGCACAAAAAAGUAGUCGUUCUUACAGUGAUCAACUAACUGAUACGAAGAAACGAUUACGUGAAAGUCAACAUGACCUUAAAGAACUCGAAGAGAAAUAUAAACGCUAUUCCGAUGCACUUUAUCGUGUUCGAAGUGAAUCUCGUGCGACACUCGAUCACUUGACACAUGUGCUCGGCAUUAAAGAAAAACAGCCAUCACAAGCACGAAAAUCAGAAGAUGAAACAAAGAAAAAUUCCGCAGUAAAAACAGAAGUAAAAUCAUCGAAUGAACCAGACAAGAUUAAACAAACAGAAACAAAACCUGUUGAACAAGAACAAUCAAAUAAUGUCGAAGAAACUCUUCCAUCGGAAACCAAUGAAACUGAACAAUGA